AUGAUUCUAGAGCUUAGUUUCAUUCCACCAGAAUUUUUGGUUUUGGGAGGGCCAUUUCUCCCUCAUAUUGAGCGCAUUAUUCGAGAUAAAGCAGCAACCAUGGAGUCACCUGUAGUGUUGGCAUGCGAUACUGGGAAUUGGUGUACUGCAAAAAGUUUCAGUACACUCAAUGGAAAGCCUUGUCAAAUUUGUGAUAUAGUGAUACAAGUAGUGAAAGACUUGAAGAUGUCCUGUAAGUUACAUGAUGUGAAGUUGAAAAUGCUUGGAGAUCAUCAACUUCAAAAUGCAGCUACUGCUACUUGUGUAGCACUUUGUCUUCGUAAUUCAGGAUGGAGUAUUUCUGAUGAAUCUAUUAGGUCUGGUUUAGAGCAUACACACCUCCUCGGAAGGAGUCAAUUUCUAACAUCUGAAGAAGCAGAUGUAUUAGGACUUAAAGGAGCAACAGUACUGGUUGAUGGAGCUCAUACCAAAGAAUCAGCGAAAGCUCUGAUGAAUACAAUAAAGAUGGCAUUUCCCAAGACUCGAUUGGUUUUUGUUGUAGCAAUGGCAAGUGACAAAGACCAUGUGGGGUUUGCUCGAGAGAUUCUCUCAGGGGUACAUGUGGAGAUUGUCCUCUUGACAGAAGCUGCUAUUGCUGGAGGUGUAACUAGAACUACUCCAGCUUCUUUGUUGAGGGAUUCUUGGAUUAAAGCUUCUGAUGAGCUCGACAUUGGGAUAGUUCAUGAUGGAAUGGCAGAAUAUAGUGAAUUAUUAAAGAAGCAUCAAAUGGGCUCUGAAAGCAAUUUGGGUGAUGGUAAGAUCAUAUUGGCUACUGAGUCAUGUUUAAACAGUUGUUUGAGAGCUGCAAAUAAGAUUCUAACAAGAGGGGAAGAAAAGGGUAUUAUUGUCUUCACUGGGUCUCUGCAUAUGGCAGCUUUAGUCGUAGCUUCUCUUGCUGGUUAA